AUGAGUCCUUCAACGCCUACGACGGACCUGAACAAGACCAACUGGAUCGUUGAAGUCACUGAAGACGUCGAGCACAUGCGCUCUAACUUCGACGAUGAGCGGCACUGGAAGAAGCACUCAAUAUACAGGGUUCCCGAUUGCGUGGCUAAGCUCAACCGCGAGGCCUACUGGCCAGAGGCUGUCUCCUUUGGUCCCUACCACCAUGGCGAGGACCACCUCCUUCCCAUGGAGAACCACAAGCACCGCGCGCUCCUCCACUUCCUUAGGCGGUCCGGAAAGCCCGUCGAGCGCUUCCUUAAGUCCCUGAGUGACGUGGCACAGGAGCUCCAGGAUAGUUACCACUUGCUGGACCCGUGGUGGAAGGAGGGUGAUGGUGAAGGCGCGGGCCCUUUCCUGAAGUUGAUGAUCACCGAUGGCUGCUUCAUGCUUGAGAUCCUAAGGACCAAGAUACGGCUUCGGGGGGAAUACGCAUCCAACGACCCCAUUUUCGGUAACCUCGGGGGGUUAUACAUUAGACCAUACAUUAUGCGAGACAUGUUGAUGCUAGAGAAUCAGCUGCCGAUGCUUGUGCUGGAUCGGCUGGUUGCGGUCGAGAGUGACGGCAUGCAGGAUCACGAAUUCGUAAACAGGCUCAUCCUCGAGUUUUUCUUCUCCCCUUGCACGCCCAAUGAGAAGAUGGGCAAAUGCCUGCACGUCUUGGACGUCUACAGGAAGAGACUCCUGCUCCCUGGGAACCCGGACGAGGUGGGGCCUGAGGAUGGGGAGAGAACAAUCCAGUCAGCGACCGAGCUAGAGGAGGCCGGGAUCCGGUUGGAGAAGAGCAGGACUGACAGCUUCAAGGACAUCUCCUUUGCUGGCGGGGUCCUGAGGCUCCCUCCUAUCAUGGUGAACGACACCACCGAGUCCAAGUUCCUCAACCUCAUGACAUUCGAGCGCUUUCAUGACGGGGCCGGGAACGAGGUCACGGCCUACAUGUACUUCAUGGAUGACAUCAUUGACACCGAGCGGGAUGUCACAUUGCUCAACGCCCGUGGCAUCAUCCAAAAUGAUUUUGGGAGCGACAAGGCGGUCGCUGAGCUAUUCAACUCCUUGAACAAGGACAUGGCGUUAGAUGAAAACAACAGCCUCGAGGCCUUGCGAAAUAAGGUCAGUAAGUACUGCAAAAAGCCCUGGAACAAGUGGAGGGCUAAUCUCAUCAAGACCUACUUCAGGAGUCCUUGGUCUAUAUUGUCUCUCCUUUGCGCCAUCUUCCUCUUCACCCUCACCAUAAUUCAGACCAUAUAUACCGUUUCUCCUGCUGGCUGA